GGACAAUUUGAUCCAAUCAAAAACAUAUUCCAUAUAAAAGAGUGAAACUUUUUAAGCAUUUAAAUAAUUAUUUAAUCACCUUCUGCGCCAGUGUGUGUAAAGGUGAAUCGUAUAAAACAUUUGCUCAUUCUAUAACCUAAAUUUUUUAAAGAGAAUCAAAAUGAGAAUUUUAUAUUUUGUUUUGCUUGUAUCAACUUGGUGUGCUGUUGCUUUUGCAGCUGAUGGAAAGCGGGCUAAAUGCUCACUUACACCACCUGUAUUUACAACAGCAUGGCUGGAUAUGGUUGACCCAUGUAUAAAAGCAAUGCGAAAUCAAGUUCGGGAAGAAUUAAAGGCCGCUAUUACAUAUAUGGCAAUGGCAGCACAUUUCGCAAAAGAUACAGUCAAUCGACCUGGUUUCAGUAAAUUCUUCUUUGAUGCUGCUACCGAAGAACGUGAACAUGCUAUUGCAAUCAUUAAUUAUUUGUUGAUGAGAGGCGAACUUACAACCAAUAUUCAUAAAUUAAUUAACAAUAGUUUUGUAGUACAACAAAACGAUUGGAAAGACGGUGAAACAGCCUUAAGAGCAGCCUUAGAAUUGGAAAUUCAUGUAACACGUAAAAUCCGUAACAUAAUCGAAGUAUGUGAACAACCUCCACCAAACGCUAAAGGUGAUUCAUACAACGAUUAUCACUUGGUUGAUUACUUAACUGGUGAGUUCUUGGACGAACAACUUAAAGGUCAACGUGAAAUUGCUGGUAAAAUAUCCACAUUGGGUAAAAUGGUUGGUAAACAUGGUGAUCUUGCUGAAUUCUUAUUCGACAAGAAAUUAUUGAAGGGUGAAGUUUUGUAAAAAGUGAUUUUUUUUAAAGAAAUUAAUUAUAUUACUUGUUAUAAUUUUCCAAUAAAAUUUCCACUGAAAUAACAUUAAGGAUUUUCAUUUAUUCAACCAACAUCUAUUUAUUAUAAAUACUGUAUCUAUUAGUUAUCUUCAUCUUUAUCAUUUAAAAUGAGAAAGUUAUCAAUAUUUACCGGUAGAUAAGGUAAAUGUUGGUUGAAUAAACUAAAAAGCGUAUGUAUUAUUACUACUAUUCAACUAUUUGUAAUGAUUACAGUAAAUUUUAUUAAAUUGUGAUGUCAAUUACAAAAUGAAAAACAUUUCACAUCUUUGUAAAAUUAUUUUAUUAUAGAUUAUCUUAGUUAAAUACAGAUUUUGUGAUUUGAA